UGUAGCUCUAGAUUUGAAGCUGGCAACGCCGCGCACAUACGACCAGACGCUGCUUUUCUACGUGCGGCAACCGAAAAUAAUUGAAAAUUGGCCGAAAAUAAACAGGCGGCGCACAUAAUUGCAAUUCAAACGCGUUGCAGAGGCAAGCGAGCAGCGAAGUAACACAUUUUGGCAGCAGCAACAACACAGCACAGCCGCCACCAUGGCCGAGUACUUGGCAUCCAUUUUUGGCACGGAAAAGGACAAGGUUAACUGCUCGUUUUACUUCAAGAUUGGCGCCUGCCGCCACGGCGACCGGUGCUCGCGCAUCCACAACAAGCCCACCUUCUCGCAGACGGUGCUGCUCCAGAAUCUGUACGUGAAUCCCCAGAACUCGGCCAAAUCCGCGGACGGGUCCCAUCUGGUGGCCAAUGUCUCCGAUGAGGAGAUGCAGGAGCACUACGACAACUUCUUCGAGGACGUGUUCGUCGAGUGCGAGGACAAGUACGGCGAGAUCGAGGAGAUGAAUGUGUGUGACAACCUGGGCGACCACCUGGUCGGCAAUGUCUACAUCAAAUUCCGUAACGAGGCGGAUGCGGAAAAGGCGGCGAACGACUUGAACAACCGGUGGUUCGGCGGGCGGCCGGUCUACUCGGAACUCUCGCCGGUCACCGAUUUCCGCGAGGCCUGCUGUCGACAGUACGAGAUGGGCGAGUGCACCCGGUCCGGCUUCUGCAAUUUCAUGCACCUGAAGCCCAUUUCGCGGGAGCUGCGGCGGUACCUCUACUCCCGCCGCCGCCGAGCCCGCUCCCGUUCCCGCUCCCCGGGCCGCCGUCGCGGCUCCCGCAGCAGGUCAAGAUCGCCGGGACGCCGGGGAGGCGGCAGGGGCGACGGCGUCGGCGGCGGAAACUACUUGAACAACGAGCGGGACAACAUGCGCGGCGGCAAUGAUCGCGGCAACGAUCGCGAUCGCCGCAAAGGAGGCGGCGGUGGAGGAGGAGGAGGUGGCGGUGGCGGCGGUGGUGGUGGACGGUAUUAAAUCUCCUGGUCAUUUUUUAACACGGUGGCAAUUGAGAGAGAGACAGUAACGGACAAGUAACAACGCCAAGUAUCGUGUAUUUUAUUCUCUGCGUUAGUUUUCCACAUUUUUAUAUCACUUCGGAGGAGAGACGAGAAGAGGAGAAGGAGGACGAAUAAGGAUGAUGGGGUGUUCCACCACCACCUAUGUACAAACCCCCCGCGAAAUACUUUACCGAGCGCCCAUUAGAAUUGUAAUUUACUAUACACACAUUCGUAAUAAUAAAAUUGAGUAAUACUAUAUGUAUACAGAAAAUAA